CAACUCUGGGCGCGUCAGAGAAAGCGCUUGCGACACCCGGGCCCCAAUUCCCAGAGGAAUUGCAGAUCCCAAACGGGGGAACAGGGAACCAGGUUUCGUCAGGAGUGGAUUUUCCUGUUGAGUCAGACGGGCGGGAUCCCUCCCACUGAUGCUUGCCAGAUCCACCAGCCAGUUGCUCUCAGGUGUUUCAGGAUCCCGGGGAGCCACGCAAGGGAACGGGGUUCUGGAAGCAUCAAGACUGAGCCAGGGGUCCUCUGUCUCGCAUCUGUGGCGGACAAACAGGACCAUCUUUCCCAACAGCAACAUUUACUGCAUCUGGCUGUGAAACCAUGUGGAAAGGGGCUGUUGUUUGCUCCCUGCUUCUCCAGCUGACGGUUGCUGUGACAGGAGGCCGUCCAUGUUCUGCCAGGAAUUUUGGGCAUGGCUCGUUGGUGUGUGAAUGUGGGGCUAACUACUGUGACACCUUGGAGCCUGUCUCCCUCCUUCCUCUGGGUUCCUACGUCAAGUAUGAAAGCAACAAAGCCGGGUCGCGUGUGGAGCGCAGUGAAGGAGUCCUGCACAAUGACGCUCCAGGAAAAGAAACCCUCACUCUGAAGAUCAAGACAUCCCAGAAAUAUCAAAAAAUCAAGGGCUUUGGUGGGGCCUUGACAGAUUCGGCGGCCAUCAAUAUCCUGGCGCUUUCUCCAAAGGCUCAGACAAAUCUCCUCAAAUCCUAUUUCUCAGAACAAGGGAUCGAAUACACCUUGGUCCGCGUCCCCAUGGCCAGCUGUGAUUUCUCCGUGAGGCUCUAUACGUACGACGAUUCGGAGGACGACUUUGAGCUGAAAAACUUCAGCCUGACGGAGGAAGACACCAAAAUGAAGAUCCCAAUCCUUCAGCAAGCGCAAGCGGUGGCCAAGAAGCCACUUGCCCUCUACGCCAGCCCUUGGACCUCCCCAGUGUGGAUGAAGACCAACGGGGCCAUGACAGGCCGAGGGACCCUCAAGGGGAAGCCGGGAGACAGAUAUCACAAGGCCUGGGCCAACUAUUUCAUCAGGUUCUUAGACGAAUACGCCAAGUAUAACUUGACUUUCUGGGCUGUGACGGCCGGGAACGAGCCAACGGCUGGCGACAUCAUUUUUUACCCCUUCCAGUGCCUGGGCUUCUCCCCUGAGCACCAACGGGACUUCAUCGCCCAAGAUCUGGGUCCUGCCUUGGCCAACAGCUCUUACAAGGGCAUUGAGCUGAUCAUUCUGGAUGACCAAAGGAUGAUGCUCCCUUACUGGGCCGAAGUGGUUCUCAAGGACCCCGUGGCGGCCAGUUACAUCAAUGGGAUAGGCAUCCACUGGUAUUUGGAUUUCCUGGCCCCCAUCGACUUGACUCUCUCUAUCACUCACCACCUUUUCCCCAAGUAUUACCUCAUCUCCACCGAAGCCUCUACAGGAUCGUAUUUUUGGGAGCCCCGUGUGGUGCUGGGGGAGUGGGACCGCGGCAGCAAAUACAGUCACAGCAUCCUUGCGAAUCUCAAUAACUACGUCACAGGCUGGACGGACUGGAACCUUGUCCUGGACAUGGAAGGCGGCCCCAACUGGAGCAAAAAUUAUGUUGACAGUCCUGUCAUUGUAGAUGCGGCCAACGAUGUGUUUUACAAACAGCCCAUGUUUUAUCACAUGGCACACUUCAGCAAGUUCCUCCCGGAGGGAACCCAGAGGAUUGAGAUUCAGAGGAGCAAGUGGACCGACCUGGAAUAUUCAGCCUUCCUGCGUCCAGAUGGCUCAGCGGCCGUUGUUGUCUUGAACAGGUCCCACAAGGACGUCCCGUUUGUCAUCUCCGACCCUGGCGUGGGCCACAUCGAGGCCGUGUCGACUGCCGACUCCAUCCAGACCUACAUCUGGGAGCGGCCCAAGGAGGCGUCGGCAGAACCCCCCGCUCAGCAAUAAAUGUUCUACGCCCGUGAGAUGGGUUGGCGUUAGCAGGGAGAAGGGGAGAUCAGGAUGCGAUUGCUGGAGGAGUCCUGGGGAUGGGUCUGCCUGCUCUGCAGGAAGGCCUGUAUGAACCAGGAACUGAAUGGGGUGUUUUUUCUGCAACUGAUGUUGGAUAGCUUUAACGCUCUCAGUUUCAUCCAGAGAGCAGGGGUCAGCAAACUUUUUCAGCAGGGGGCCGGUCCACUGUCUCUCAGACCUUAUGGAGGGCCGGACUAUA